AAUACAUACACAGAUCUUUACCUCCAUAAGGGAAUUGCAGAAUUACCGAAUAUACCUCAAUAAUCAUAUAGAUAGGCAUUAAUCAGAACACAAUGUCAUCCUCAUCCAUCGAGUCUAUUCCCACCCCGGAUCACUGCACAGCCGACUUUUGCCUGAUCCCGAUAGGAACAGGCUCGGCCUCAGUCUCUGCUCAAAUCGCCGAUGUGCAACGUCUAAUUGAAAAGUCGGGGCUGAAAUAUGUGAUGCAUUCUGCGGGGACGACGUUGGAAGGACCAUGGGAUAAAGUCCAUCAUGUCAUUGGACAGGCUCAUACUAUACUGCACCAACAGGGUGUCGUGCGUAUUCAGUCUGAUAUUCGGAGUGGAUCGAGGGUUGAUAAAGUUCAGUCAUUUGAGGACAAGGUAGCUGCUGUUAAUAAGUUGUUGGGUAAAGAGUAA